AUGACAUGUAAAGAAGUUAAUUGCAUAAAUUUAUGCUGUGCUUUAUGUUAUGAUUGUCAACAAUCACUCUGUUUAAAUCAUAUUAUAAUUCAUCAUGAUACGAUUCUUGAACGUCAUUUAUCAUUUUAUGAAAUUCUUCAACAAUUAUAUCGUAAACUUCAUUCAAUGAGUAUUGAGCAAUGUUAUAAUCAAGCAUUAGAACAAUUAUCAUCAAAUAAUAAUAUAUAUUCAUCAGAUAUAAUUCUUCAUCUUCGUUCAAUUCGUCAAGAACUUAUUGAACAAUUAAAUAAAUUUAAACAAAAACAAUUUUAUCAAUUACAACGAAUUAGUUAUAGACUUUAUAAUACAAAACAAAUGGUUGAUACAAAUGAAGCCAAUGAUAUUAAAAUAAAAUUAGAACAAAUUCAAAUAACAAUUAAUUCACUUGUUUAUGGUAUACAUUUAGAUAUGUCUAAGACAACAAAAAUAAUUCAAUGUAAAAAAAUUUUUCAUUAUAAAACAUCCAUAUCAUCUGAUAAAGAAUUAAAUUUAUUAUUACAAAAAAGUUCCAGUUUCCCAAAUGAAUUUACAGAAAAUGAUUGGAAGAAAAAUAAUCAAUUUGAUGAACUUGAACUACUAUUUUGUGAUGUUGCAACCAGUGUUGACGUUGAAACUGUUGUUGAUGGUGUAACUAUUGCUGAUGUCGAAACUUUUGUUGGUGAAGUGGCUAUUGGUGAUGUUGAAACUAUCGUUGUUGGUGCAACUAUUGCUGGUGAUGUACCUAUUGGUGACGUUGAAACUGUUGUUGAUGGUGUGACUAUUGGUGAUGUUGAAACUAUUGCUGAUGAUGUACCUAUUGCUGAUGUUGAAGCUGUUGUUGAUGAUGUGACUAUUGCUGAUGUUGAAACUAUUGUUGAUGAUGUACCUAUUGCUGUUGUUGAAACUUUUGUUGAUGUUGAAACUGUUGUUGAUGGUGUACCUAUUGCUGUUGUUGAAACUUUUGUUGAUGUUGAAACUGUUGUUGAUGGUGUAACUAUUGCUGAUGUCGAAACUGUGGCUGAAGGUGUGGCUAUUACUGACGUUAAUCCUGUUGUUGAUGAUGUACCUAUUGCUGACGCUGAAACUGUUGUUGAUGGUGUUAUUAUUGGUGACGUUGAAACUAUGGCUGAUACUGUAACUGAAUUUGCGAUUGAUGUCGAAGCUGAUAGUAUUGUUGUUGGAUUAUCUAAAAGUGAAAAAAGAUAG